CCAGAAUGCUACACGUAUAAAGAGGUGAGUCUUGGAUGUAAUGACUGGAUACGUACCGGAAAAUGUACGUAACAUCAGGGGCGUAGGAAGGGGGGGAGGGAGGGGGGCACAGGAGGCACGUUCAAAGGACCUAAAGUGCCCUUUUUUGUGAUGAAAAGUGCCCUUUUUGUACAAGCUUAGCGAUUAACAUCGAAGGUGCCCUUUUUUAGGAAAUUUUGAUGUUUUUAAAAACAUUUUCGUCAAAAACGUUAUUGUAUGUUGCAAUUCGAAAUUUGGGCAAAUGUGUUAUACCGGAAAAUGUUUUUCUCCCCCCUCCCCAAAAGUGCCCCUGGAAGCCGAUGCCCCCUCCCCCGCCCAUCCUCCCAAUCUGUUGAUGCUUUCUACGCCCCUGCGUAACAUGCAAAAGAUUCUCCUCUUAAUGUGUUUGAGAAUUAUCUUUGUUCGUUACAGAUCAGAAGAUGUCAGCCACAUUUGUUACCAGGACUCGUGCGCAGAGGAAGUGUUUUACCCAUUGAUGACGUCAUACGACGGCGAAUCCCGAGAGGUGGCGAUAGCUUACGGCUUAAUAUUGGUCGUAUUUGUGCUACUCGUCACAGGCGUAUCAACCCCCUUGCUGCAAUAUUUAAAGACCCUGGUGAUUGGCUAA